AUGUCGCGCCGCGGCGUAGACAGGCAGACGUGGAGCCCUUUGAUCUCUACCGAACACACAGUCUUCGUCGCCGCCAUGCCUACCAACUGGAACGACAUCAAAGUUAUUGAAGGUGUCCUUGUGGCCUACCUUGCUUCCAACAACAACAAGAUCGACCUUCGUGAAGUCGCGCGACUUUACGGCAAUGGCAUGACAUACGACGCCCUCGAGUACCAUUUUAGACCCUGGAAGACUCAAGCCAAAGAUCUCAAGGCUGCAGCUGUGAACGACACUGUCGCUACUCCCAAGAAGCCACCUGACAAGGUCCAAGCCGGUCGAGUGAGCAAGAACAAGUUAGUUGGAGGCGGUAACGUCAAGACGGAGGAUCUUGGCGAUAACAUCAAUGCCAUGAUCGAUUCUGUAGAUUAUCCUGAGUGUGUAUAG